CCGCAUUGCCCUGGCCGAAGUUUUUCGACUUGUCAAUCUGUUGGAAAACGGCUUUUGUGCAUUUUCCUUCUUUACAAUCAACAUAAGCUAACGCCUGGGAGCUAGUUGGCUAACACUGUACGCUAGCCUGGAACGUUGUUUUUUAAUAGUGGACUCCACACGCGACUCUGGACUGUGUCGUGGACGGCACAUUGACGUUUAACGUUACACACUGAGGCUCAUCAUGUAGAGACUGUCUGUGCUUUAACUGUGGACCUCCAAACGUUCCUCUGUAACCUUACGAGAAAGUGACCUAUCUGCAUGCAUGGUGAUCUCCUCCUCUGUGGGUGAUCCUCAGUCACCAUGAAAGACUAGGAACUCAGCUCUCCAAGGGAAAUGGCUUGUGUUGUAAUAUCCCUGCCCUGCUACCUACUGUAUGAUUCCAGCUGCCUCUGAAGGGCCCUUUCAGCUGUUUAUGGGAAUGACCAGUGUGUUUGCACUCUUGAGGAUUUAAGCUUUUCCAGGACAGCGCCCUUUUUUUCCUGUUUUUAUUUAUUUUUUGCCCCCACUGUUGACCCGAAGCAGCAACGCUUUGCAACAGAGUGGGGAGACGGCGAGACAAUGGCGAACAACUCGUACAGUGGGGUGAAGAACUCCAUGGUGGAGGCCAACCACGAUGGAGAGUUUGGGUGCACGCUCAAAGAACUGCGCUCUCUUAUGGAACUGAGAGGCACAGAGGCGAUUAGCAAAAUUGGGGAAACUUAUCAGGAUAUUCAAGGACUCUGCAGCCGGUUAAAAACAUCACCUAUAGAUGGUUUAAGUGGACAGCCUGCAGACAUCGAGAAGCGGAAAACAGUCUAUGGGCAGAAUUUGAUACCGCCCAAAAAGCCCAAAACUUUCUUACAGUUAGUGUGGGAGGCGCUACAGGAUGUCACACUGAUUAUCCUGGAAGUGGCAGCCGUAGUUUCACUAGGCCUUUCUUUUUAUAGACCUCCAGAAGCCGAAAGAACACACUGUGGAAGGGCAGCUGGCGGUGCGGAGGAUGAAAAUGAGUCGGAAGCGGGCUGGAUCGAAGGUGCCGCCAUUCUUCUGUCCGUUAUCUGUGUGGUGCUGGUGACGGCGUUCAACGAUUGGAGUAAAGAGAAGCAGUUUAGGGGCCUCCAGAGCCGCAUUGAGCAGGAACAGAAAUUUACUGUCGUCCGUGGAGGACAAGUUAUCCAAAUUCCUGUGGCUGAGAUUGUAGUCGGCGACGUUGCACAAGUAAAAUAUGGUGACCUUUUGCCUGCCGACGGAGUCCUCAUCCAAGGCAACGAUCUGAAGAUCGACGAGAGCUCACUCACAGGAGAGUCGGACCAUGUUAAGAAAACACAAGAAAAAGAUCCAAUGCUAUUAUCAGGCACCCAUGUAAUGGAAGGCUCAGGGAAAAUGCUGGUCACUGCUGUGGGUGUCAACUCUCAAACUGGAAUUAUCUUCACUUUACUUGGGAGUGCAGAGGAAGAUGAAGACGAUGAAGAGGAAAAGAAAAAGGAAAAGGAGGAGAAAAAGAAACAGAGAAAAAACAAGAAGCAGGAUGGAUCUGUGGAAAACCGUAAAAAAGCUAAAGCACAGGAUGGUGCUGCAAUGGAAAUGCAGCCUCUGAACAGUGAUGAAGGAGGAGAAGCAGAGGAGAAGAAGAAAUCCAGCCUGCCAAAGAAAGAGAAGUCUGUUCUCCAGGGUAAACUGACCAAACUAGCUGUACAGAUUGGCAAAGCAGGACUGGUUAUGUCAGCCAUCACUGUUAUUAUCCUGGUGGUGCUGUUUGUAGUAGACACCUUCUGGAUCCAGAAUCUGCCCUGGGUCAAGGACUGCACACCCAUUUACAUCCAAUUCUUUGUGAAAUUCUUCAUCAUUGGCGUCACUGUCCUGGUGGUGGCGGUUCCCGAAGGCCUGCCCCUGGCCGUAACAAUCUCCCUGGCGUACUCCGUUAAGAAAAUGAUGAAAGACAACAACCUGGUGCGUCACUUGGAUGCGUGUGAGACGAUGGGCAACGCUACCGCCAUCUGCUCUGAUAAGACUGGCACACUCACCAUGAACCGCAUGACUGUGGUGCAAGCCUUCAUCGCCGAGAAACACUACAAGAAGGUCCCCGAACCAGAGAACAUCCCCUCCUCCGUUUUAGACAUCCUGAUUCUGGGCAUCGCAGUCAAUUGCGCCUACACUACUAAGAUCAUGCCUCCAGAGAAAGAAGGGGGCUUGCCACGGCAGGUGGGUAACAAGACCGAAUGUGCCUUGCUUGGCUUUUCUAAUGACCUGAAGCGUGACUAUCAGGCUAUUCGCAUUGAGAUCCCCGAAGAGAAACUAUACAAAGUCUACACCUUCAACUCAGUUCGCAAGUCUAUGAGCACUGUGUUGAAGAUGGCUGAUGGCAGCUACCGGAUGUUCAGCAAAGGGGCCUCUGAGAUUCUCCUAAAAAAGUGCUUUAAAAUCCUGACAGCAAAUGGUGAGUCCAAGGUGUUUCGCCCUCGGGACAGAGAUGACAUGGUUAAGAAAGUGAUUGAGCCCAUGGCCUCAGAGGGCCUGAGGACCAUCUGCCUUGGAUACAGAGAUUUCCCUGCCUCUGAGGGUGAGCCUGACUGGGACAAUGAAAACGAAAUCCUCAGUGGACUGACCUGUAUCUGCGUGGUGGGCAUUGAAGACCCCGUGAGACCCGAGGUCCCAGACGCCAUCAGGAAAUGCCAGCGUGCUGGCAUCACUGUGCGGAUGGUAACUGGGGACAACAUAAACACAGCUCGAGCCAUUGCCAGCAAGUGUGGAAUCCUACAGCCUGGAGAUGACUUUAUCUGCCUGGAGGGCAAAGAGUUCAACCGAAGGAUACGCAAUGAAAAAGGAGAGAUUGAACAAGAACGCAUUGACAAGAUCUGGCCCAAACUUCGAGUACUGGCUCGCUCUUCCCCAACAGACAAACACACCUUAGUGAAAGGUAUUAUUGACAGCACAGUGGUAGAACAGAGACAAGUAGUCGCAGUGACAGGAGAUGGUACCAACGAUGGUCCUGCCUUGAAGAAAGCUGAUGUUGGCUUUGCUAUGGGUAUCGCCGGCACAGAUGUAGCCAAGGAGGCGUCUGACAUCAUCCUGACUGACGACAAUUUUUCCAGCAUCGUCAAAGCCGUCAUGUGGGGACGUAACGUCUACGACAGCAUCUCCAAGUUCCUCCAGUUUCAGCUCACUGUCAAUGUGGUGGCUGUCAUCGUAGCAUUUACAGGAGCCUGCAUCACACAGGACUCUCCACUGAAAGCAGUACAGAUGUUAUGGGUCAACCUCAUCAUGGACACCUUUGCUUCACUAGCCCUAGCCACAGAGCCCCCCACAGAAGCUCUGCUGCUGAGGAAGCCAUAUGGCCGCAACAAGCCUCUCAUCUCCCGCACCAUGAUGAAGAACAUUCUGGGCCAGGGAGUGUACCAGCUAAUCAUCAUCUUUACUCUGCUCUUUGCUGGAGAGAAAGUGUUUGACAUAGACAGCGGCAGGAAUACUCCCCUCCACGCCCCGCCCUCUGAGCACUAUACCAUUGUCUUCAAUACCUUUGUGAUGAUGCAGCUUUUCAACGAGAUCAAUGCCCGCAAGAUCCAUGGUGAAAGGAAUGUUUUCGAGGGCAUCUUCAACAACCUUAUCUUCUGUAGUAUUGUCUUUGGUACCUUUAUAAUCCAGAUUGUCAUAGUGCAGUUCGGAGGGAAGCCGUUCAGCUGCGUGGCUCUGACCAUUGACCAGUGGCUGUGGUGCACUUUCUUAGGCUUUGGCUCUCUGCUAUGGGGACAGGUGAUCUCCUCGAUACCCACCAGCCGCUUAAAAUUCUUGAAAACAGCCGGCCACGGCACCCAGAAAGAGGAGAUCCCGGACGAGGAGCUGGAGGAGCUGGACGACAUGGAGGAGAUCGACCACGCCGAGCGGGAGCUUCGCCGGGGCCAGAUCCUCUGGUUCCGAGGCCUCAAUCGCAUCCAGACUCAGAUCCGGGUGGUGAAUGCAUUCCGCAGCUCCAUCUCCCUCUAUGAGGGGCUGGAGAAACCCGAAUCGCGAUCAUCAAUCCACAACUUCAUGACCCACCCCGAAUUUAGGAUAGAGGACUCUGAGCCCCAUAUUCCCCUCAUAGACGACACCGACGCAGAGGACGACGCUCCCACCAAGCGCAACUCCGCCAGCCCCCGCAACACCACGCCAACGCCUCCCUCGCCCACGCUCGCCACCACCACCACCGUCGCCCCCACCACGCCGGUCUCUCCCUCCCCAAACCAGAACAAUAACGCUGUGGAGAGCAGUAACCACCUCCUCCCAGAGGGCCCCAAAUCAGGAACCCCCUCGGCCCCGGGGAGCCCCCUACACAGCCUGGAGACCUCCCUUUGAUCUGACCCCCCCACCGCUCCGACCAUCACCACCAAUUUUCUGCCCACCACCAGGGAGCUCAACUCGGACGAAAGGAACGAACACUUGGAGAGGAGAGCGAAGUCUUGUGUGAGCUUGGACUGGACUGGACUACAAGAACAGCAAACAUUCAGAGGAAUGUACGGCUUGGUGUGGAUGCUUUGGUCUUUAAUUUUUGGUUCUUAUUAAUACCCUGCAGCAACACAAGGAUUCUCCACCCCUCCCUCCUUGGUAACUUUUGUUUUUCUCAGUAAACAAGGGGUGAUUAUAAACUCGGAUUGAAAGUGACCUGUUGUUGUUGUUAUUAUAAUUAUUAUUAUUAUUAUUAUUGUUGUUAUUGAGAAGGGGAGGUCCUCCUCCUGGCUUGAAGACCGUCUGUAAGAAUUAUGAAAGAACCUUUAGCUUCUCUUUUAAUCUGAAUGGUGUUGUAUAUUUAUCUCUUUGGCCCUUGCUCAUUCAAAAGUUAUUUCUGCUCCAUCGGCUGUUAAUAUUUUGAGUUAUUUAUGUUUUUGGAAAAAGCAGGUCUGUUUACAAAGUUUGUAGAUACUUUUUUUCUGUUUGUAGGCAAAAGAGCUUCCUGAUGUAUGAUGCAGAAAACUGGGACAGAAUAAAAAAUGAAUGAGAGGAUUAUUUCAGAUACUGCUGUAUUUUCAGGAAAAAAAGGGGUGUUUCUAUUGAAACUUAACUAUUUUUGCCUGCAAGUUUUAUUUGUUAUAUAUAUUUGUAGAUAAAUGUAGAACCUUCUAGCCAAACCGAUAAACACUAAGGCUUGUAUAGAAAAGAGGUCCACGGGGCGAGGUGUUUUCACAGGAGACUGGAAAGACUAUUAGGGCCUCUGUCCACUGACAUUGCUAUAAAUAUUUACUUCUUCCAUUUCUUCAAUAGUUUUCAUGUGCACAAAACCUUCUGGAGUUCUGGAUUCUCUCUUCAUUCAUUAUGUUGUGUUCAAGGAUUUCCACAUGUUGAAAGGUUCACUCACUAAAGGGAGUUAAGAGUAUAUCUGGGCCCGUAUUUAGCAAGCAUCUCAGGAUGACGCGUCAAAUCAUGUUGAAAGUUGGACUAGGAAACAAAGUCUUACCUCAGAGUUGUGACAUGAGGUCCUUUAUUGUUUUUGUUUGUUUUUUUUGUUUGUUUUUUUUAUGAAGUCACUUUCAGCACAUAAUAGAAGCUCUCCUUUUAGAUUUUUUUUGUGGUUUUUACAACACUUUGGACCGUAAAAUGAAAAUGUCUUCUUGUAGUAGUUGUUGUUAGUUACAUUCAGAAGAGGCAGAUUCACAUUAUAUAAAGCAGGAAAAAGGAAAUGGGUGUAUUGAGGGUGUAUGGCGAGCUAAUUUAUGCACGUUAAGGCUAAAAAUUUGUUUUUGCCAAAACUCAUAGAAGCACUACAUUGAAUUACAGUUCAUUAAGAUUUUUUUUUUUUUUUUUAUAACCACUUGAGCUCAAAUCAGCGCUGUGCUGCAAGCUAUUCAGCCAAUGCACCUAUUUAUUGUUCAGUAAGAAGUUCGUAUAGACUAAACAUGAAUGUGCCUUGGCUCCAAUAACAAUUUAGACGAUACUUUGUCCAUUCAUUUGCCACCUGCAGGUAUGUGUUACUCCUGCGGCUCAAAGUAGGAGCAAAUAAGCCUCAUUCUGAUCAUUCUGAGCCAGUUAUGACUGAGUUUCUCUCUCUGGGUGCUUGAUAAAUAUGGAUCCUGGUCAUUAUUUGUAAAAUAUAUAUAUAUAUUUUUUUUUUCUAUUUUUGUUUUUUCUCAGCAAAGCGUUAGCCCCCUGCCAAUGUACAAUAUUGACAUUUGUUUACUCAGGCAUAGAAAAAGUAUUUAAUUUAAAAGGAAUCUAUAAAGAAAGAACCUUUUAACUUCAGACGUUGUGUAUUUAGAUAGUGAAACAUUGUCUUGGUCAUCAAAGCAAGUGAAUUAUUUUCAUAUUUCUAUUCAAUCUUUAAGAUCACGCCUUAGCAAAAACGUUCUUUGACUCCUCCCAGUUCUGGUUUGUUGAAAUUUAAAAAAAUCAAAGACGGAGGGGAGCAAAAAGGCUUUUAUUUAAUUUUUUUUUUUUUUCCUUCUUCAACUCUGUCCGUAAGACUCCUUUCAUCAUGAAUAAAUGUUGUUGCAUUUGGUUUGUUUGUAAAAUAUUUUUGACACCUGAUGUACUGGAAACGCUAAAGAAUUGGACGUGCAUUUUUUUCAAGAAUAAAGACUAGGCAUACACUGGUAUCUAUCUGCACAGGGUACUUUAUUUCAUAGCGUUUCUCGAGGGGGAAAAAUAAUUUUGAUACAAAUCACAAAUACAAAUUAUACCUUUGUAUUUUUAUGAUGAUACUGAUGAUACCUUUCAUCGUACGAAACCAAUUUUGGAUGAUUUGACACCAAUUGCGUUAUAAUGGGAAGGGUUUUGGCCACUAAAAUGUGUGUUGUUCUGAAAUAUUCAUCUCAGGGUGCAAAUGGUGUGAAAGAGAACAGGCCUGUUUUAGUUUGUAUAUUACCACACUUAAUUCAACAUUUGGACAGUGCUUGUCAACCACACAGGACGACUUAGGCAGCAGGCUGCAGAUUGUUCCUGCAGCCUGCUGUCCGUAUUCACCUGAAGGGCCGAGGAGAGGGGAAGGACGUGGAGGUGUUAAAUCACAAUGUUCUCUGAGGGAAUGGUUUGUUUUCCUUUUACAGAUGACGAAAUAGCAGCUAGGAUUGCAUACAAAGUGAGAAAUUGAAAAGACAAGCGGAAUCCACAUGAGGAGUUUGUUCUGUAGCUUCUUCCUGUAAUGGGAAUGAAUGUUGUUGUUUUUUUUCCAUCUGUUUUAUGGAUUUUUUUUUUUUUAUCUUUUAACAUUUGGAAAUAAAAGUACUUCAUGUCUGUUUAUCUUGAGCAUUUUAAAUGAAUAUCGUGAUUGGAUUUACAUUUGAAACUUGUCGAGUAAUGUGUAUGGUUUUUAAAAAUAAAAAAUGUAUUUAGCCUAA